UUCAGAUAACGAGGUCCGCUAGUGCAUGACCACGUAGACCUGAUGUCCUUUUUCUGAUAGUAAUGGUGACCCGCAGGUGCUGUUAGGCUGGAUCAUUACAAAUAGUCGCGACAGAUUUCAGACACGGCUGCUGGCUAACGCGAUAUACAGACUAGAUGGAAUUACAGAAAGGGUAUAUUUCUCUGGCAGACUUUCUGAAAGGCCUUCCUGUCUACAACAAGAGCAAUUUCAGCAGGUUUCAUGCAGAUUCUGUCUGCAAAACUUCGAAUAGGAGGCCCUCAGUGUACGUUCCUACCCGGGAAUACCCUUCUGAACAGAUCAUCGUUACAGAGAAAACCAACAUUCUCCUCCGCUACCUGAAUCAGCAGUGGGACAAAAAAAAUGCAGCCAAGAAGAGGGAACAGGAGCAAGAGGAAGGAGAGAGUCCAGCCCCCCCUCGGAAAAUCGCCAGGACAGACAGCCAGGAAAUGAAUGACGACACCUAAGUGCCCUGACACACAGGCACACAUUUUCAUAAAUGAUACAAGUACAGUGCAGACAUAAUCAUUGUAUGUUCAGUUUCUUUAUCAUUCAGUUGCUUCCUGUUAUGGUUAAAAUGCCUUUUUUCCAGUUGUACUGCCCAGGCUUGGCCACGAGGGGUGCUGUAACCUUCUCUCCAUGAGCUGACACGUCCUGCAAAAGGAGGGUAAUUCUGGGAAAAUGUCUGUUUUGUUGAUGCUCAACAGGGUCAUUUGUUUUUAGUUUUGUGGAAUGUUUUGCUGCCUGUAGCAGUGAAUUAUAAUUUUGUUCAUAUUUCAUCUGUGGUGAGUUAUUGAUGUGACUUGCCUUUGGACAGUUUGUAUAAUGAGGCAUCCAACAGCUCUGAAGGUGUCGGCUGACCGAAGCUGGAAUGUUUGAGUAAUCGGAACACAAAUUGGGAAUCGCAUCGCUGAGGGCCGGCAUUGUCAUUUUUUUUGUUUAAUCAUUUGAGUCCGUCAGGUAGUUAGUGAAUAAGCAGAGUGGAUUCUGAGAAACAUGCACACUUUGAGUUGGAAUGUCAGUCACAGAAGUUUUGGGAUUGUGAAGACGCAUUUUUUUCCGGGGAGAUUUGUGAUGCUGAGUAGCGACACAGCGGGCAGGCAGCAGCCAGCCGUAUGCCAUUACUUAGUGUGGAUAUGUUUGAGGCUGUACUCUCAUUCCGUGCUACUCUCACCAGUGUCCGGUGAAUGAAAGCAGGUCAUUGUGCGAGUGAGCGGCUGCCUUUCAGGUGACCCCAGGCCUGCCGAGGCGAGUCAGCCAGACUGCAGCACUGUCUCCUUAAAUCUUUGUCUUGGCUGGAAUCAGAUAGUCUUGAUUAAAAUAUUUCCUUUAUCUUGACAUACAUUUUAGGCUAAACCUGCUUUAAAAAAGGAAGCCAACUGCACACCUUCAUAAGGGAGCUUUUGGAACGUCAGAUCCUACAUGGGACGUGAUAUGUUGCUGAAUGAACAUAGUGCUGCUUUUGCUUCUUAGAAUGUUAUACGACAGAAGUUGGAUUAUACACUAAAUGUAUGGCUGAGUUUUAAUGAAACCGCAUGCAGGUUGUUUAAUUCUAGAAACUUCAGGAAAAUGCCAUUUUAACAUUAUGCUUUCUGUUCAUAUUUAAGUAGGGUUAGGGUUAGGGUCCAUGAUGUAUUGUUCCUGUUUCAAAUGCACAACCAAGAUGGCGAGAUUACAAGUGACAUGGUUCUUGUCGGUGCUGGGAAAGGCGAGUCCCCCAGGAGAGUAGAUAUUGGAUACAGUGCAUAAUAUGCAGUUGCAUAAUGACCUUUUGCCUUUAAUGCAGCAAAGUUAUUCUGAGAGCAGUGUUUUAUUUCCUUGGAUUGUUCAGAGUUUAUAAUGCAUAGUGUGGCUGUUUUAAAAUGUGUAAUUUUGCUCUGUCAGAUUUUUUUUUUCUGGAUGAGUGGCAACGAGGGCCUUGGUACUUGAGGACAGAUCAAAUCUUGCCUCAGUUACUUACUACUUUCCAUCCAUCCAUCCAUCCGCCUGAUUCAGUGCAAGGUUGCAGGGUGACUGGAACCUACCCCAUGAAACAUAAGGCACAAAUGCUAUUACCUAAUUGAAUGCAUGAUGUGUUACAGUGUAGAGAAACACAUUUGCACAGUAACACAAACUAUUUACUCAGUAUUACUUAAUAUUGCAGGUUGGUUUCUCCUAGACAUGGGAGUUCUGAAUUCUGGGAUUGGGUCCUUGUGUCUCUUCCCAACCCAACCCUAAGCCUUGGAUAGCUCAGUUGCAUUUUCUGUAAACCAUAAUGCAUGCUUUGUAUGUAUGUGUUUGUUUGUAAUAACUUUUUUUUUCUUUCUGGUCUUUUUAUAAAUAAUUAUUUUGUACUACUUUGGGUUUAAAUAUUUCAGUAAUCGCUUUGAAUAAAAUCUAAAACUGGUUCUUGUGUAUAAAACUUGCACAGUUGUAAACUUUUGGAAGGGUGUGUUUGUAUAUAAAAAUGGUAGAAGACAUGCAUCUGCUGAGGUGUUUUGUAAGCCAUUAUUAAAUCUUUCAUUUGUUUAACAGUGACGUAAUCUGCCAAACAGCCCCCGCUUUCAGUUCUUUGACUGUAGAAUGUUCUAAGGCAGUCUCUCUCAGCCUGAUUCUUGGGGAACCCCAAACAGCCCCCGCUUUCAGUUCUUUGACUGUAGAAUGUUCUAAGGCAGUCUCUCUCAGCCUGAUUCUUGGGGAACCCCAGACAGUCCACGUGUGUGGCGGUCCCUGAGGACUAGGUUGAGAAACAUUAUUCAGAGGUAUAGAAUUAUACUUUGUGUUAAAAUAUUUUGUUCAAUAAAGAAGUAUUUUCAGUA